CCUAACCCUGGUUGCAAGCCUAUAACAGAUAUUUCCUGAAAAGUUAUAUCUCAAUUCUGAUUGGUUGAUUUGAAUGUUGUUCCAGGAUCAACAAGGAUGUUGAUCCAGGAACAUGUUGUACAUGGUGAAAUCGCGCCAUACAACAGUACAAGCCUCAUCAAAGUUGACUAACUUACAUUGGUGAAGAUGUCGUUACCAGAGCAAUUUGCGAACAACCUGGAAAAACAGCUCGGAAAAACGUCAAGAUUCGGCACGUUGCCAUUUACCGUUGUAUUAAUCGGACUGCAAUAUUUAAUGGAUCGGGAAUUUUCAUGCCCAUGUACCCCAGGCCUUAACGAAGUACUGAUCAGCUUCAUCCUUCUUGGACCUGCUCUUCUGGCUUUGACUGUGAUGAUGUUCAUGAGAAGGCCUUGCAGACGUAAAUCGAAGAAUAUCACAGAGAUCUUUUUAUUUACUCUGAUUCCACCUUCAUUGUGGAUGUUUCUGUUGCUGUUUGAUGGUGCUUAUAUUGCGUGCGGCAUGGCACACUGGGAAGGAGAUUACGUCUUGGAUGAAAAGCUCCAGAUUAAAUGGUGCAAACCCACCGGAAUAAAUGACACUGAAGUGAAAGGAACAGAACUGCUACACCUGACCGAAAAAAUCACUUUCUAUUCGAGACUUUCAGCUUUAGCUCUACUGUCAGUCCUCUGCAUUUCCAUCCUGACUGCCGUCAUUUACAGAGACUGUAAGAACAGAACUUUGAAGCAACUGGAUAAACGGGAUGAACCAACACAGCAAACAUCUCUCAGCAGCUCAGAAGUACAGCGUCCAUCUGUCUGAAUACAAUGCCACAGUUAUAAACUGUCAUUAAUGGAGACUUUCACAAGUUAGACUUUUCUGCUGUGAUGCAUGUUGUCUCGUUUCUUCAUAAUAACAAAAUGUGUGGUUUAGUGCUGUUAGGUCCAGAAAAAAAAGCUUUUCUCAUGUGCCCAGUGCUGCACACUUACUGUCAAGUGCAAAUGACAGUGCAUGUCAACUUUGAAAUGUAAAACAUUAUGGAUUAUGGUUAUUAAGUUUGUACAUGUUCAUGUUCAAUUGCUCACUUUUAGUCAUGAUUUCCUUGCAUGAAAACUUAGUCCCUUCAAACAAGGGAUGUCUAAAGCUUUUGUCUGUAUGUACGUAUUUGCAUAGUGGCAUUUAGCCACAGUACAUGUCAGAUGUGCUUGCGCAUGAAGCUACACUCUCCAGUGGCAACUCCUAGAGUUGGGAGAAAAACACCCUAUAAUUGUUAAGCCACAGGGCAAGCAAAUCUCACGCAAUUGACAUUGUUCUCACACUCUCAUGCCACAUGUCCAUGUUCUCACAGAGUAAAAACGCACCCUCAGUUGAAAAUGUAAUAGCAGGAUAUUGCUAAACAGAUUUGGCAACCUUUCCCGUGUGUAUUUCUGGUUGCAAAAAAAUUUCUGUCUGUAGCGUUUAUGGGGCAGAUCUAUGAAAUUAUAGUUAGGGUGGUAAGUGGGUCCCAUGAAGACUGUGAGGGGUGGCAACACCACAGCAAACAAGCAUUCAAUAAUCUAGCCUUAAUGUAGAGUAUAUUAUCUAACAUCUAAUUAAAAACUAAAUAUAGACACAAUUAACAAUCAUCAUAACAACAUUUUUGUUUAGAGAUUUCUACAAUAAUGUGUG